AUGGCCGACGCACACGGCUCUACUACUCCUCCACCGCCAUCCCGCAUCCGCACUCCUCCAACUCCUCGCCUCGGUUACCAAGACCACUGGGAACCUUUUUCGCCUCGCAAGUCUGCACGCAUUUCAUCAAAACGAACAAGGACUCCAUCUCCCGGCGCAUCAGACCGUCAACCUCGAUCACCUCAAACCGCCAAAAAGUCUACCAAGCACCUCAGCGCUGGUAUCGCCUCACCUAUGACGCAAAAGAAGCGUGUACCCGCCAACGAUUUUGUUCGUCGCGCAACGGAAAACAUGCAUGCUGAAACUUCUCGAGAUGGCGCCAGCCGUCGCACUCAUGAGCGAUCCAGCUCUUCCGUCAUCGCCGCUGGUGGCAUGCUUCCUACUCCAUCAAAGACACCUCAAAAGCCACCCACUGAGAAGAAGGCUGCCCACAUAAAAGCAGUUGCCCGCAACCUUUUUAGCUCUGAUGCCGAUGAAGUAACUCUAACUCCCAAGAAGCGAUCUGCCAAGAAGUACAGUGGCUUUUCGUUGGAAAGCUUCGCCGUAGAGGAGAUCGAGGAACCUAUCGAAAUCUUUACCGAUACCCGGGAUCGGGUGCCUGUUCGUGAUGAGCGAGAAGACAACCCUUUCCUCAGUUCAGAAAACCCCUUCUUCAGCGAAGCACCCCGUGCUGGGCCUAGCAAACGUCACGACAAGCGCAAGGUCAAGGUUCCCGGAGAGGGCGUGAAGACCGUGGAUGAACUCGCUGACCGUAAGGAUGGUAUGGUGUACACAUUCCGUGGCAAGAGAUUCUUCCGCAAAUUCACUGAGCAUGAGGUUGAAGAUCUGGAUGAGAUCCAAGCUGCAGAGGAAGACCCAGAGGCUCACGUCCGUCGUCCUUUAACGCGAGCUUCGAUUAAGCCUCGUCUCCUUUUCCAGGAUGUCAAGACGGAGGAGCAGAUCGAAGAAGAAGAAGCUGUAACGGAUGUGGAAGAGAACGUCGAGGAACUGGCUUGCCCGGCAACGCCGUCAGUGUCCAAGAAAGAGCGUGAAUCUACUCCCGAAGCGCCCAAAUUCGCCCCGGCUUCACCACCGUCCACCCGACGAGUGACUCGAUCUGCCAACAAGCUGACAGAUGAGAGCGCACCCGUCAUCAAGCGGCCCAGCAAGCGAAGCCCCUUCGAUUCCUGGCGACGAACAAAGGAAAGCGCCCCCAAAUCCCCAUCGCGCAAACGGUCGGGAGAAAGCAUUGACACCAGGGAGACUAAGCGCACUCGCGUUUAG